UGCCUGCGGCUAACGGCACGCGCCGCCGCUACUACUAGUACGUCAUUACCUCACGCUUUACUUUUACUGUAUAACUGUUAUUUAAAACUGUGUCUGUACUGUUCUGCAGUUUGAAUAAUGCAAAUACUUAAUUAGGUACGGUGGUACGGUAGGCACUUGUGGUAGUUCAUAAAGAGUUACAGCAGCUAUACCCGUGUGUUCCGCUCCCAACUCCAUCAUUCGUCACGACGUGUGACCUGGAUCAGCUGACGUGAAAUGAAUGGUAUACCUGGCGGCUGGCACAUAACGUUCGUUACUGCUAAACAUAAACGUAAACUGGAUAGGUAUAGUAUACAGUACAGUAAACUCAAGUGCUCAGUAUUCCUAGUUAGGUUAACCAGUCUCACUGGUGACUGCUCUAUUACCUACGUACGCAGACAAGCCAGGCGCCCAGGCAUCGGAACCCUAGCGAAAUGAGAGCAGGCGGAGCGCGACGUAAUGCGUUAUGAGGAAGUUUAUGCGGCCUCGCGCUGACCCAGCGCCCUCGUCAGCGCAAUCUUCGUCGCCAGAACUCAGUCCGAAGACCAAUGGACACGUCAAUGGCGCCACCGCGCCGCCGCGCGCCCGCCCGCCCUCCGCGCGCCCGGGGUCCGGCGGCGCGCUGUACCAGGACGCCUUCCCUCCCCCCGCCGGCGCCGCGCCGCGCCGCCCGCACGAGAUGUGCUCGCGGCCGAGGUUCCGCGGCGACGGCGCCGAGCCGCAGCCGGACGGCGGCGACAGCUGGGCAGCGGGCGGCGCGCUGGGCGUGGCGGCGGGCGCGCUGGCGCUGACGCCGCGCCUACUGGACCGCGCGCUGCCGCCGCACUCCUUCCGCCACCGCUACGUGGGCGCCUUCAGGUUCCGGUUCUGGGUGUUCGGCGAGUGGCGCGACGUAGUGGUGGACGACAGACUGCCAGCCCGCGCGCACUGCCCGCUCGGUGACACGGUACCGGCCCGCGCGCACUGCCCGCUCGGUGACACGGUACCGGCCCGCACCGCACGCCAGCACUGCUCGCACGACUUCACGCUGCCGCUGCUGGAGAAAGCGUACGCUAAGCUGCACGGUUCGUACGCGGCGCUGCGCGACACCAGCGUGGCACGCGCGCUGCAGGAGCUAUCGGGCGGCGUCGUGCAGAGCUUCUCGCUGCGCGCGCAGCCGCGGGCGCUGACGCUGCAGCUGCUGCAGGCCGCCGCGCCGCGCUCCUCGCUGCUGGCCACGUUGCUGUUGCGGCUGCGGGCCCCCGCCGGCGCCCCGUGGUGCGGGGCCUGGGCCCCCGGCAGCGCUGAAUGGGCGGCGCUGGCGCCGCAUGAUCGCGACAUUCUGAUGUCCAGCUCCGACUCACCUGACGACUUCUGGAUAUCAUUUGAUGAUUUCGUGGACACGUUCAGUCAGUUGGAGCUGGUGCACGUGGGCCCCGACGACUGGCUGCUGGAGCCCGCGCUGCAGGCGCGAAGGCCCUGGCGGGCCGUGCUGGCGCGGCGUCGCUGGCGCGCCGGGUUCAACGCGGGCGGCCCGCCCAGCUCCGGUACGAGCCCUCCCACCCGCGGCCUCACCGUCUGUUGCCACUCGUGGACACAUUAUCUCACUGCCACAGAGACCACGGGCGCCAACCCUCAGUUCCUGAUGCAGAUCUCGCAGUCGGAGGGCGAUGAUGCCAGCAAGUGCCACGUGGUCGUGGCAGUGACGCAGCAGUACGAGCCCGGCCAGAGCGUGCGCAGUCUGCUCACCGUGGGCUUCGCUCUGUAUGCGCUGCGGCCGGGCGCCAGCGUGGGCGCCAGUGCGGGCGCCAGUGUGGGCGCCAGGCCCCUGGAUGCCGCGCACCACGGCCGCGGCGCGGCGCGGCGGCGCGCGUCGUCGUACCGGCUGCGCGCGCUGCUGCGGGAGGCGGGCGUGUCGGCGUCCAACAAGGUGCUGGAGGCGCUGGUGCUGCGGUUCGCUCGCGGCGCGCGGCUGACGCACGAGGCGUACGUCAUGGCGCUGGCGCGGCUCCACGUGGCGCACGAGCGGUUCCGCAGUCUGGACUCGCGCCUCAAGUGCAACCCGGUGUCCCUGGAAGAGAUGAUCCUGAUGACGAUCUACUCGUGACAAGACGAGCCACGACUCAGUGACCAAAGAUAUUUAUCCGAGUACAAAGCUUGGGCCGACGACAUUAUAUGUGAUAUUGUUCGACUGUUCGUUGUUGCUAUAUUCUAUAAAAAUAGUUAGCACUGUCGUUAGCACUUUGUUAAUAUUUUUAAUUUAUAUUCGCGUCAAAUAUAAGUAUAUAAGUCAUAAGACUCUUUUAGUGUUUUUUUUUUCAAGAAUAUAUAAACUUGCGUUGAACGAAGGUCGACUUGGAGAGGGUGGAUGAAUUAAUACACUGUACUAAAAUACUAAUCGCGUAUAAUAUAACAAUUACAAUGCUUGCUGCU